AUGCCGACGUCGGCAGCGCUGCUGUGUAUAAAGCAACCGCCGCCACACACCUCCUCACUGUCAGCUCUCAGCCCUCAGUCGACAAGCACAAUGUCUCGCGUUCUCUCACUGGUGUGCCUUUUGGCGGUGGCCUGCCUGGCCCUGCUGUGUGGCUGUGAGGCCUCCUACCCUCUGGCCGUCUCACACGGACACGGGUACUACCCGUACAGCUACAAGUACCCUGGCUACGGGUACCACGGCUACUCGUCCCACUACGGCUACCCUGGCUGGGGCUACAAGGGGUACCCUGGUUGGGGCCACCACGGCUACCCUGGAUACGGUUACCAUGGUUACCACGGCUACGGUGUGUGCCUUUUGGCUGUGGCCUGCCUGGCCCUGCUGUGUGGCUGUGAGGCCUCCUACCCUGUGGCAGUCUCACACGGACACGGGUACUACCCGUACAGCUACAAGUACCCUGGCUACGGGUACCACGGCUACUCGUCCCACUACGGUUACCCUGGCUGGGGCUACAAGGGGUACCCUGGAUGGGGACACCACGGCUACUCUGGAUACGGCUACCAUGGCUACGGUAACCACUACGGCUACCCCGGAUACGGCUACCAUGGUUACCACGGCUACGGUAACCACUACGGCUACCCUGGACACGGGUACGGCCAUGGCUACAGCCACUGGUGA